AUGAGUACCAUGGUGCCCUUCGAGAAUGCAACAUUCAUUCGUCCCUCCACAUUUUACAUCAGUGGAUUGUACAACAUGCCACAUUCAAAGUAUUACUAUAUGUUUUUGUGCUUUGUGUACGUUGUAACUGUUUUAGGGAAUUCUUUUAUAAUGGGUACUAUAUAUCUGGCACGUAGUCUGCACACAGCUAAGUAUAUAGCUGUCUUCAACUUGGCUUUGUCUGACCUGUGUGGAAACUCUGCUCUUAUUCCAAAGUAUGCAGACAUGUUUCUGCUUGAGAACCAGUAUAUAUCUUAUGAAAACUGUCUAACAAGCAUGUUUUUUGUUUUUCUUUUUAUAAGCCAGCAGUCUUUUACUUUGCUUGCUUUGAGCUUUGACAGAGUCAUUGCUAUAUGCUUUCCUUUGAUGUAUCAUGCUAUUGUCACCAAAACUACAAUGACUCUGAUCAUUGGUGUUAUGUGGCUUUUCUCUGUAUUAAUCACUACUAUCCUUGUAUCUCUGGUUACAAGAUUGUCCUUCUGUGAAACUACAACAGUUGGCAGUUAUUUCUGUGACCAUGGCCCUGUCGUCAAACUAUCUUGUAAUGAUAAUACAUCUAAUUACAUGAUAGCCGAUACCUAUAUUGUUUUAGUUCUUUGCAUUCCAUUGGGACUAAUAGCUAUCUCAUAUGUUUGUAUUGGUAUUGCAUUGCUUAAGAUCUCACAUGGUGUUGAUCGAAUGAAAGCUAUGAAAACUUGCACUUCACACCUCAUAUUAGUGGCCAUGUUUUAUGUACCAAUCUUUAGCAUUUAUAUGUUGACUCUUACAACAUCUGUACAGAUAAAUAUGAGAAUACUAAACUCAGUUCUAGCACAAGCAAUACCACCUAUGUUAAAUCCCAUUAUAUAUACUUUGAAGACAGAGGAGGUAUUGCAGUCUAUUAAAGUACUCUUCAAACAAAUCAAGGUAAAAUUUGACAUGGAAGAUUCUGUGAAAAGCAUUGCAAAGAAAUAA